CUUCGCCAGUCAGUGAGAGAAGGAGACAGAUUUUUUGAGUGGGAGUGUGAGACAGACACGCGUACGCUAGUCUGCACACGGGUUCGGUUUGGAGCGAGCGUGCAAAAAUACACACAGGCACACAAACUGGCUUUAGAGUAGAGAGCGGAAAGAGAGAGAGAGAGAGCGAAAGAGAAAGAAGAGUACUCAGAGCUCGUUGCUAAGUGAGAGGGUAAGACAGACGGAGAGAGAGAGAGAGAGAGAAGCAGAACACUGAGAACCCUUUGCACAGUGGGAGUGUAAGACAGACGGAGAGAGAGAGAGAGAGAGAGAGAGAAGCAGAACACUCUGAGAACCCUUUGCACAGUGAGAGGGUAAGACAGACGGAGAGAGAGAGAGGAGAGAGAGAGAGAGAGAAGCAGAACACUUGAGAACCCUUUGCACAGCGAGAGUGUAAGACAGACGGAGAGAGAGAGAGAGAGAGAGAGAGAGAGAGAGAAGCAGAACACUCUGAGAACCCUUUGCACAGUGAGAGGGUAAGACAGACGGAGAGAGAGAGAGAGAGAGAGAAGCAGAACACUCUGAGAACCCUUUGCACAGUGAGAGGGUAAGACAGACGGAGAGAGAGAGAGAGAGAGAAGCAGAACACUCUGAGAACCCGUUGCUCAGUCUCUUCUUGAUUAGCUGAGGAGUCUCUGUCGCCUUGCCUGACUGUGAGCAGCGCCAUCCAGCCGCGAGAUGAACCAGGGUCCCACGGAGAGGGAGGGCGAGUCCACCGAACCGCUGCGCUACCUCAGUAAAUUGGAGGCAGUUGCCAUAGAGACAGAACUGCUGAAGGAUUACCGCUUUGGGAAGCAGCAGCUCAUUGAGAUCUGGGGCCAUGCCUGUGCCAUCGCCAUCGUCAAGGCCUUUCCCCUGUCCUCCCUGGGUAAGAGGCAGCCCACAGUGCUGGUCGUCUGUGGCCCGGGCCAGAACGGCUGCAUCGGGCUGGUGUGUGCUCGCCACCUGCGCAUAUUUGAGUACGCGCCCACCAUUUUCUACCCCAAGCGGUCGUCCGACCCGCUGAACCAGGACCUCAUGAUUCAGUGUGAGAGGAUGGACAUUCCUUCCCUGUCCUACCUGCCCACUGAGGUGCAGCUCCUUAACGACGCCUACAACCUGGUGGUGGACGCCGUCCUGGGCCCGGAGGCGGACCCCGCGGAGCUGGGCGAGCCGCACGCGGGGAUACUGCUCACCCUCAAGCAGGUCAAGAUCCCCAUCGCCAGCCUGGACAUGCCCUCAGGGUGGGAGGUGGAAGGGGACAACGCCGACGGCAUAAACCCGGAGGUUCUCAUCUCCCUGAUAGCACCGAAGAAGUGCGCCGUCGGUUUCUCCGGGAAGCACUACCUGGCCGGACGCUUCCUGCCGUUCGACAUCCAGAGGAAGUACGAGCUGAACCUGCCGGAAUAUUCCGGAACGGACUGCCUGGUAGAACUGUGAUCGGGCUCCGGGAACUGCCGUUUCACUCUGAUUUCCCCCACAGAAACUUACACCCACAAUGUUUAGAAAUAAAGAAUAUAAUCAGGACACUGCAACGCUCCGGGAAAUAUAUCGGCAGACGUACAAACAACUGCCACCAUCAGAUGGUAUAACAGUGUAUUUUUCCCCCAAAAAAAUGCACAGCUCUGAAAUAUAUUUAUUAAGUUUUCCAAAAAAAUUAAUCAUUUACAUAUUUACAAUAUAUUGCAGUAUGUUCCAGCUCUGAACAUGUGUCCAGACUAUACAAGCCUGUGUUUAUACAUUUUAUAGAUUAUGACUGUCGUUUUGUGAGGCUGGGGAAAACCAGUCCUGUUCACUUUACAUGAAAAAGAAAAAAAAAACGCUUAUAAUCUGCAGGUGGUCCAGCUCAUAUCUGAAAUUAAGUUCGUUUACUCCCAAUUAGUAGAAUCCCUUAUCUAGAGCGACUGAAAUUGGCUAAAGGAAGCAAUUUCAUUGGCUGCUGUGUUUUCAUUGGCUUCCCCUAUUAACGCUCCGUUCCAGUGCCUCUGGUAUCAAAUCCAGACUGAGCCAGUGCUGAUUGGCUGACAGCCCUGCAGGGAAAAUAUCUAAUUGGCUACAGUGUCACCCAGGGACGGAGGGAUUCGCUUACGAGCGACCCACGCUGGUCAAUCAGGGAGCCACAGUCUGCCUGCUAAACCUGCAUGUGAAGCACUUGCAACAGCAAGGGAGGCUGGAGAAUAGAAUCUGGCCUUUCCAAAUUCUGAGGAAAAAAAUAAAAAAUAAAAGAUAUUUAUUUAUGCAGAUUUUAGCAUUUUAUUUCCCUGUCAAUUUGACUGGCUGUUGUGCUGCAUUAUUCUAUAAGCAAUAUGUAGGAAAUACUGCUCAUGUGUAGCAAGUCAUGAUCCGGUCUCCUGUCUUUUUAAAUUUAUGUACACGACUGUGUGUUCCGUCUGCCUUGCUGGAAAAAAAACAAAACAACUUUUGCUUGGAUCUUUAGAAACGUGCUGUUUAGAUUCAAUAAAAUAAAAUAUU